UAAUAUAUAUAGCAGGAUGUUAAUAAAUCCAGACUAGGCUUUCCAGGCAACCAAACAAGCUCCAAAAAUUGAGCCAAAACAAAACCGCUUUGUCUUUUCCAACUGACCGCGAACCCUCCCACACGAGCGCAUCGGAUUUUUCCUUCAUCGUCAAACUAACAUCUGUGUUCCUUUCGGUAGAUUCACAUGAAUCAAAACAACUAGAUUCCUAGCUUGAUAUGUUUUUAAAUAACGGUAGAGCAGCGGAAGCUGAAACUAUAAAACUCAURAGGGUAAGGGCACAAGUAACACAUUCUGGUGUCUCUAGGGCGCCAAACUGACGAGAAAGGCGCGAGUGGGCAAGCAAGUUUGAGCUAAAUCCUUGAUAGAAAAAGUUUAUAAUAUGCAAAUCAUUUCUUUCGUCAUGGUUAAAUAAUUACGUCACGAUCUGGAUUGUCAUUCAAAUGAAUGUUGUUGAUAUAUUCCUGUAAAGAAGUGAAUCAUAUAUGCUAAACUGACUGACAGAUCGGCCGGUUUACGAGGCGUUCAAAUCUACUGGCCAGUAUUAGGCAAAGUGACAAGAAACAUAAAAAAGGUGCUAAUUCUUUCAGAAAAAGAACACAAAAUGUCACCUUGUCAAUCUAUUGCACGUCAAUUACAUAUGUCAAGUUUGUGUUUCUCGUGAUCUGAUUGGUCGGUGAUAAUCCCAUGACCAAUCAGCGUCGAGUGCUCAUUAGCUCUUGUGAAAUGUUAGCUUGUUCCAAUGCAGCUGUGGAAAGGACCCAACAACAAUACGUGAGUUCGUCAGUAGCGUGUGAUAACCGUGAGAGGACAGUAAUGGCUUACUAUCCUUACUAUCCAUCGAGAAUGAGAGAUUUUAGAGUUAGUUCUCUGCUAGAGGGAUGUUCACAGUUUAUUCCAGGAAUGCCAGGAAGCAAUCCUUCGAUGCCAAACAAUUUGAAUUCAAACGGGCCGUAUUCUAUGUAUCCCCCGUACCAUCCGCAACAACUAACCAAGCAGCCAUCUCACUUUGGGCCAGCAACAGCUAUUGCCGCAAAUCCUCAUCCUUCUUCACAACAAAUUCAUAUGUCUGGACACGAAUCCGAGCUGGAAAAUGCAGAGCUUACGUUAGAAAACAAAGAUCUUUGGAUGAGUUUUUAUAAAGAGAAAACAGAGAUGGUUAUAACGAAGGCCGGCAGACGAAUGUUUCCUCCUAUCAAGAUCAGAGUCACCGGCCUUGAUCCUAGAGCAAAGUAUUUCUUUUUACUCGAUAUCGUUCCAGCCGACGACUGCCGAUAUAAAUUUCACAACUGUCGAUGGAUGGUGGCUGGAAAGGCCGAUCCCGAAUUGGCGAAACCGCUUUACAUUCACCCUGAUUCCCCGAGCACAGGAGCGCAGUGGAUGCAGAAAACCAUAUCAUUUCACAAGAUGAAGUUAACAAAUAACAUCGCCGAUAAACACGGCUAUACAAUCCUCAACUCAAUGCACAAAUAUCAGUCCAGAAUACACAUAGUACGAGGAGAUGAUGGCUACAAGUAUCCCGUUAACUCACCCUUCAAAACCUUUACCUUCGAAGAAACUCCGUUUAUAGCCGUAACAGCUUAUCAGAAUGAAAAGAUAACACAGUUAAAGAUCGACAAUAAUCCUUUUGCUAAAGGAUUUCGCGAGGAAGGUGCAGGCCAUCGACGAAGAAUGGAAAGAAGGCGACGAACCGAAUCGGGGAAUGACGACGAUUUCAAUGACGAUGACGAGGAUCGUAAUAGCGAAGAUGGAGCUGACAAUCUCAAAGACCAGCUUUCAAUAAACCCCAAACCAGAAAACGAUGCUGGCAGCGUUUCUGCCUCUUCUUUAGUAAACGAAGAUAAAUCACUAAUACCACUGAAAAACACCACUACCUCGUCAUGCAAUGCCGCCAUCGUGCCUUCAGCAGGAGACAUCAAACCUGUUGUACACCAGUCCAAUGAAGAACAUCAAUACGGUGCCUACAACCAUGCUCAAACCGUUCACCUUCCUGAAGAUACCAAACAUAUUCAUUUAACGCAUGAAUCCAACGAGCCUGGAAAUGUAGGCGGUUCAUUGGCGAUCCCUCCACAUCUCAAAGCCCCAACACCAAGAUCAUUCCACAUGGACAUGAGAUUCAAUCCUUACUCGAGACCACCAUACUCACUGAACAGCGUACCAUCAGGCUUCAUUCCCACGCAUGCGCAUACGCAUGGUCAUGUAUACCCAGCAUGCACUAUUCCUCAGGCUGUUUUUACUGGUUAUCAGGGAAGUCAAGGAGGGUAUCCUGCCUUUAGUGCUAGUCAGGGAUAUGGGUUCCCUGCUGGAAUAUCGACGCCAAGUAUGGUAGGAAGCUUACCAACAGAGACUCGUACAAGUUCGGAACUACACAAUAUGGAUGCACACGUUACAGACCAUGGUGGGCAUCACCAAUAAUUUAAUAUAUA